AAAGCUGAAAUAAAAAAUUGUAGUAAUGUCAUCUGCAGUCGCUGUGGGUGCAUGUCUGUCUGUCUUUUUAUUUAAUUUUGUGAUAUUACGAUAACUUUACUAAUGUCUCAUUUUAUAAAUAAAUAACUUUUGACGUUUGUGUAAAAUUUUCAUUAAUAGAAAUUCAAUACAAUCGAAAAAUCGCUGAAAUCUUUUAAUUGAUUCCAUCAUUUUUGUAACUCUUUUAUAAAAGUUCAAAGUGUCCGUAUCUGAGUAAUGGGAGAUAGAGAUUGGAGACCGUUUAUUUACGGCGGUUUGGCGUCGAUAGUUGCAGAAUUUGGGACAUUCCCUAUUGACACAACAAAGACACGUCUCCAGAUUCAGGGUCAGAAGAUUGAUCCUCGGCAUGUGGCUCUUCGUUACACUGGCAUGGUGGAUUGCUUUGUGAAAACAUCACAGCAGGAAGGGAUUAAAGCUUUGUAUUGCGGAAUCUGGCCAGCAGUGCUCCGGCAAGCCACGUACGGGACCAUCAAGUUCGGUACUUAUUAUUCACUGAAGGAUGUAUUCAGCAAGUACAGGGCUGAUGGCGGCUCCAAAGAGCAUUUGGUCACGAACACCUUCUGCGCGGCGUUCUCCGGCGGCCUGUCCAGUGCCAUCGCCAACCCGACUGAUGUCCUCAAAGUCAGGAUGCAGGUGGGCGACGAGAAACGCAAGCUGGUCCGUUGUUUCGUGGACAUCUACCGCGUGGAGGGCGCGCGCGGGCUGUGGCGCGGCGCGACGGCCACGUCGCAGCGCGCGGGCGUGAUCGCGGCCGUGGAGCUGCCCGCGUACGACGCCUGCAAGCGCCGGCUGCUGCCCGCGCUCGGGGAUACGCCCCUCAACCACUUCGCGUCCAGCCUGUUGGCCAGUUUGGGGAGCGCAGUGGCCAGCACGCCUCUGGACGUUAUCCGGACGCGGUUAAUGCAACAGAGGAAAGUGAAGAAUCACGUCGCGAAACCCAAUGAAAGGAUAUACAAAGGCACCACGGACUGUUUCCUACAGACUGUCCGCAAUGAAGGUUUCCCAGCUCUAUACAAGGGUUUCAUCCCGACGUGGCUGCGGAUGGGGCCCUGGAACAUCAUCUUCUUCGUCACCUACGAGCGGCUCAAACAUAUGUACUGAACGAGGGCUGGCGUGCUACGACCUCAUUGCUGUCAUUGCCACUGCUCUACAUGGCAGCUGGGAGAUUUAAACAAGAGAACAUCCAUCUUGGAUGUUGGAGCUUUGAUGUUGGACUCUAAAAUUGCAGACACGUGUCAAUUCUUACCAACGGUCGUGUAGGGUUGCCACAAACGAUUUCCUUUAAUUUGGUCUAUAAUCUUGCAAGUUAUCGAUCUUUCUUGCGAGUUAUCUUGCAAGAAAUCUCGGUCUCCAACAGAUUGGCAUUAAUGCACACAACACAUCACAUCAAUUUAUUACAAUUUCGACCCUAUUACGGCGCCAUCUAGGGGCAGUAGACUCGUAUACACUAGUAAACUAGUCGACCAGUGAGCAGGUUCCCUCGCGAUGUUAUUGCAUCCAUCAGUUUGAGCUCGAUGUGUCUUGAAAAGCAAACAUUUUGAAUAUGAUAAAAGUUGUGUUUCCAAAUUGAUAUUUUAUAACUUUAUCUUUCGUCCAUAUUGAUAUAUGGACGACUAAUGCAUGUUAAAAGUAAUAUAUUUUCUUGUUAUUUACUAACCCUUCAUAUUCUGGGUGAAAUGGUCUCAGUAUGCGAGGACUGAUUACCCGUCUGUGCACGCACAGACGUCCCCAAAAAGUAAUAACACUUUAUAUUAAAAUUAAUUAAAAAGAUAAAGCAUACUCAAAGCUAAAGUUUUGUCUCGUUCUGUCAAUGUCAAAUUUUAUAUAGUGCGAUAGUAACGAAACAUACUUUUUAAAAGUAUGUUUUAUGUGUUUAUGAAUAUCAGGGCGAGUCUCUCAUUUUUGACUAAACUGUGUUUGUAUGUUUAAGAAUAGUGCAAUUUAGUUUGUAAGUAGUUCAAAAGUGGUAUUAAUUAUACCAAAGCAGGCAUUAUCUGUAGUGUGCAAUACAAAUGUGUCAACUAUGCUUUGUUAUGUACAAUUAAAAGUAAAAAUAAAUACAUUUGACAAGAAACGUUUUUGUUGACUAUAUAGGUAUCAAAACACAUCACACAUGGAAGUCGGUUUAGGCGUUUCACAUAUUUUUUGUUCGUCUGUAACAAAUUUAUUGCACGAAAACAAGUACAUACAAAGACUUAUCCCCUGUAGUAUUGCUUUAACGUUCGUUGCCAGGCAAGAGGCAAGCAUAAUAAGCUAACCGCUGCGUAGAAUUUAAUUGUUUAAGUGUGUAAUUUGCAUACAUUUCUAGUUUUUUAUGUGAAAUACGUGAAUAUAAGAAUAAGAUCAUCAAUAUUUUAAUGUAACUUUAAUGGAAAAGUGAACAGUUAAAGAAGAAAUCAACAAAACAGUUUAAAUUUUACAAAAUAACUGUUGGAAUCCCUGACCUACGACAACCCGCAGAGUCGCCGCUUGAUGAAUCAUUGCAUCGCAUCGCUCAGCUGAGCCACGACCGCCCGUGUACCACGAGACGCAGAUUUUAGCGACGUUAACUAUCGCUACCUCUGUACUAAGGUAAUAAAAAAUGUCUGAUACAAAGAAUUGUAGUGGCUGUAAAGGCGUUAUUGUUGAUGAACGGUAUUUACAAUGCAGCAUUUGCAUGGAAUAUUACGACCUUAUUUGUGCCAAUGUUCCGGAAGUUCGAUUUUACAAAAUAAUGACUAAAGAACUCAAAAAUACUUGGCAGUGCGUUGUAUGUAAAAGCAAACAGCCCAAAAUCGAUAAUACAAAUACACCAGUACGCGCUUCUUUUGACGGCGUGACAGUACAGCGAGGGGCGGACAAAAGUAGUCCGGUCUACCUAGAUUUAUCUAUAUUUGAAAACAGUAAUUUGAUGCAGCCGUCAACGUCCACUGCCUGUAAUGCUGCAUUGAGUGUCACCACUAGCAGUAUACCUCAGUUAUCAGACAGCGAAGAAGAUGAUCAAAUCACUUCUCUUAAACAUAAAAUAUCGCAGCUCACGAAUGAAUUGGAUCGUGCUUCGAAUAAAAUAAUAGAAUUAACAGCAGAAAAUGAAGUUCUGAAAAAAACUAUUUCAGAAUUAAAGCCCCACAAAGACAAUAAAAAGUCUAAAACAAAAAAAUCAGCACCAAAAACUAAAAAAGUCUCAAGUCCUCAAAUAAAUGAUAUUAAGAAAGCAGGAAAAGUUACUAUGAAGCCCCAAAAUAUAGUUCAAAAUAUAUCAAUACAGAGUGAAUCAGAAAA